AUGACAGUAACUCUUCUUGGAAACAGGGUUUCAUCGCCCAAACAUACCAAUAUUCCUCGGAAUAUACGAAAGCUACAGCACAAUUUCAAUGAUGCCCAUGCACCUCGAUCUGGAAGAUUACUUCCGGUUCCACCAGGUAAACCGCCGGAAGCAAACGCUGGUGCCCGCCACACACGGGCCUUGCCCCGAGUUCCCAGACCAAUGGGGACAUCCGUUAAUUCUAUUUCAGUGAACAUCCUUAGUAGUACCGAUACUAUCGCUCAUCAGGGUCGUGACGUAAAUCCUGCUGCAGUACCCACAAUUCCUAGACAUCCACGCCAGCUUCCGAAACUGCCAGCCGCAGGCGGCAAGAUGCAGGAACGGAAGCAGUACAUGCUAGAGGUGUACCGUAACGAGGCUGAUAAAUUCAUGGCAGACACAGAAUACGAGAAAGCAAUGGAUUCCUACAGUUCAGCGCUGAAACUUGUUCCGGACAACAAAGACACCCUUGUCGCCAGAUCACGCUGCAAUCAGCUACUCGGACGGAGCAGAAAGGCGAUGUUAGACGUGGAUUCUGCCUUGGCUUUGGAUCCACUCUGUCACGAGGCACUUUUUCAAAAGGCUGAAUUGUUAUUCCUUGAGCGGAACUACGAAUCGGCAGUUGUGUACUACGGUAAAGUAUGUAGACAGAAACCAGACGUACGAAAGUUCCAGGAAGGGCUGAAUAAGGCAACCGAAGCUCUCAACAGUAUCACUUCCGGUCGCCGAAGGAAGAUGACACAAGCAGGGGAUUUGACAAUGCUGGUCAACAACUCGAAGAAUCGCAAGGAUUCGAUCAGAAGACGGGAAAGAAAUAAUAUUGCAAAGCUAUCUCCAAUUGCUAACUCUGUCGAAAGGGACGCACCAACACCAACAUUUCCUCAGAGACAACAAAAUCCAUUGGUCCGCAUCGAACAGGGACGAAACUCUAAUGAGCAUCCAAACCACACCUCUUCUACGUCAGCUGAAGUCCCAGACCAGGACGUUACAGAAAAACGAAUAAAACAAGUAUUGGGGAAAAUGUACAGCGACAAAAAGUACCUGGAGAAACUUAUUGAACAGACAGGUUAUGUUUGCAUUGCAGAUGUGCCACGAGGCAGCGUAGACCUCACCAACAUGGCGGAGACCGGCUUAAAUUUUCUGUACGAUCGUGUGCUAUACUGGGUACGGCAAGGACGAAUUAUUCCUCCUGAAGCCCCAACAACUCGACCUUCCACGUAUAAGUCCCAGAGCAAUUCAAGCACCGUGAAGGAGAAAUCGGCAAAGACAUACAAGGAAAGUAAAGGAAAUAAAGAAAAAGACCCUAUGCCACCAGGAUCUUGGUUUAGGUAUCUUGACAAGAAAAAAGCUGCUGAGGCUAAUACUCGGAAAGCCAAUCCUCCACAGUUCCUUCAUAUCCUUGAAGGGCAGAAAGUUCAUUUGAGGGACACUGUAGAUCCACAGCGUUCACAGCGACCCGUCAUCCGUCGACCUAAACAGGAAAACACUCUGAAACGCAAGAAAAUACGAAAUAAUACACUCAAGGAUAACCUUAGUCAACAUCACACGUCAUCCGACUCCGACUCUGGACUCAACAUUAGUUUUAGCACUUACAAGGGCCAUAGCGAUCUCGACCUUAAGUCAAAUGGGAGUGCACGACGCGUCUGUCCCGAUGUUAUGGAAGAACGACAGAGCCCCCAAAAUACUCUCAAACCUCCCAAUGCAAACACGGACAUGUCAAAGCACAAUCGGGGUCGACGUCGUAUCAGAAAGGAACCGAUUGUUUGUUACAUUGAUAAAGUUAUGGAAGAUAUUGAAUUCGCCUAUGUGGAAGGAAAGUAUUCCGAAUGCGCCAGGAAAGCCGAAUGCUGUUUGAACACAAUGAACAGCUAUACAAUAGAUGAUAUUCCAAAUGUGAUGUCGCUUACUGCCAAGAUUUACUCAUACAUAGGAAACGCUGCCAUUGAGAUGAGGGAUUACGUCACUGGUCUGGAAUACCACCAAAGAGAUCUCGAAAUCGGUGAAAAAAGUAACGAUUCGGAGGCCAUAUCACGUGCCCUAGGAAAUCUAGGAAGAAUCUACGUGUUCCAAAGCAAGCACCAGAAGGCGCUGGAUGUAUUUUCCCGGAAGAUACAGCUGUGUACCACUCGUGUUGAGUCCGCAUGGUUGUACCACGAAAUUGGAAACUGCUUCCUGGUUUUGGGUCAGUAUGAGUACGCUCGCGAGGCGGCACGACGAUCAGUCGAGGCGGCAGAAGAAGCACUUGACUGGAACUACCAACUUCAAAGCUCGGUCCUACUAGGGGUCGUGGAAGUGAAACUACGCCAUUACCACGCCGCCUUUAACACUUUCGAAAGAGCCAUGGAUCAGGCUAGAAUGCAAGGUGACAACAAAGCAGAAGCUGCCAUUCGAGAUGCUCUGAACGAUGUAAAUGACAAGAUCGUUGAGGAACUGAAAACGAGGUCAAGGUCACAGGCCGACUUCACAAGAUCAAGAGCAGAUUAUGCUAAAUCUCGAGCAGAGUGGUCCGACUAUUCCAGUAUAUAUAUUCCAGAAGACGACGGUGACGUAUCAUUGACCGAAACCGGAUAUGACACAGAAAACUUACAACUUGAACUUGACCGUCUUAGGAGUGACCUUGACACCGCGAUGUUUGGAUCGAUUGCACAAUUGCAAGAUGGCGGCAGAAGAUCUGGAGGUCGUGUGUCUUCAGAACUAAGAAAAUCCUUGCAAAAUUUACAGAUGUCUGGACGCAAUUCUGUCACAAACUCUGUCAUUAGGUGUAGCACAGCCAUGGGAUAA